AUAAUUCUUCUGGGAGGGAAGGAGAAUAAAAAAGAAAAAAAGAAAAAAAGAAAAGACUAAAAAACCUAACCCACACAUCUCAGCACUUCCAUGCUCCAUUUGAAGCAGAAGUAUUAGCGGUAGCUCCAGCUCCAGCUCAUGGAGGGCAACGACGGUGGCCUCACCUCUUACUACCAACACCACCACCACCAUCACCAAAGCAGCACUAGCAAUUCCGCCACAAAUGGCAGUAUCUUCUCCCAUCCCAAUUCCCAUUACUCCGCUUCCGAACCCACCCCUCUCGUCUUCCCUCACUCCGUCACUCCACGCGCCUCUGCGGCACCCUCUCCCGCCCUCACCGACUCCGUCAAGAGGAAGAGGGGCCGCCCACGGAAAUACGGCCCAGGUGGGCCAGCUACCGAGAUGUCCUCGCCCGCAUCGACGGCCAUGAAGAAGGCCCCUGCCACCACCACUGCCGCUCCUUCUUCUCUUCCCAUAUCGUCUUCCUCUGCAAUUUCCCCUUCCACUCCCACUCCCCAUAAGAAGGAGCCGUCUUCGUCGUUGUCCUCAUCCUCCAACAAGAAGGCUCAGUUGGAUGCUCUUGGGAGUGCGGGGCAUGGAUUUACACCACACGUCAUUACAGUUGCGGCUGGAGAAGAUGUGGCGCAGAAGAUUAUGUCGUUCAUGCAACAACGCAAACGUGCAGUUUGUAUUCUAUCAGCAUCUGGUUCAAUAUCUAAUGCAUCUCUCCGCCAGCCGGCAAUGUUGGGGGGCAAUGUGUCAUAUGAGGGACGAUUUGAGAUUCUUUCACUGUCUGGAUCUUACCUGCAUACUGAAAUUGGAGGAGCAUCUUCGAGAACUGGCGGGCUGAGUGUAUGCCUGUCAGGUGCAGAUGGGCGCAUUGUUGGGGGUGGGGUAGGAGGGCCUCUAAAAGCUGCAGGUCCUGUGCAGGUAAUUGCUAGUUCAUUUGUGAUUGAUGGCAAUAAGGAUUCUAGUCCUGUCAUAAGAGCAGAGGCUCCUGUUCCUGUACUUGGGGCAACUGUAUCACCUAUCAGCUUCAGACCCUUCUCAGAUUCAUCAGGAAGAAGCUCAAUCAGAGUAAAUGAUGAGCAUCGAAAUAUUGGGGGAAGCGGCUUCAUGUUUCAGUCUCGAGCAAUGCAUCCUAUGCAUAGAAGCAACAUUGAUAUUGAAUUGACAGGAAGAAGAGAUGGGGGUGGAGCAUGCCAAUCCCCUGAAGAGGGGGAUGAUGACGACAUUCGAGAUUGAGAUUUAUGAAGUGCUGAUGUAGUGUCUACUUUUUUGAGAGCACUGGAUGCAUGACUCUCCCAUGUGAGCGCACAACAUAACAUUCUGUACAGGUUUGCACCUUUUUUUUUUCCUGUUUAACAUGGCUUGCUUGCUCGACCCAGGUUGGGUAGUGGCUCAUGAAAUUUUACUGUUGAAAAUCCCAUGUAAAAAGCCACAUUCCCUUGAGUCUGUAAGCAGAUCGAUUGUCGGUGGGGCUGAUGGUGCACCUAUUCACUAAUCAUCACUACCCAUAUAUAAGAUCGCAUGUUUUGUUAUUUCUGCUGCCAUUUUCAUGCCAAAAACUCUCCUGUCGCUGUUUCGCAUACAUCACUAUUCUUUAACACAUCAAAUAGUACAAAAAUGAAAGAAAGUACAAUGCUUUUAUUAUUGGUCA